AUAGUUAAUUCUGUUUUUAUGACUGAAUUCCCUGAUUCUGUCCGUGUUUUCCGUGACACAGAAAUCAUAGUGCCCUACUAAUGUUUGCAAAAGUUGUGUUGAACUAAUGAAUUUACUCUGCUGGGAAUUUCUUUGAAUUCCAGUUCAAUUCCAAUUCAAAUUCCAUUUGAACAUCCUGUGGGGCGUGGCCAAUUCAAUUCAAAUUCAAACUCAUUAAUUUGAAAAGGAGCCAAAUUUUCACAUUUGAAUUUUCCCCAAGCCUGCUUAUUAACAUUAUAAGAUCAAUCUAUCUGUCUAUAAACCAUGGUAUGAUAUUUGCUAUUAGGAAAAAAACAUAUAGUCCAAACACGUUUACAGUAGAGUGUAUAACUGCAAUACCUGUAAUACAAAAUAAAGCAGAUUCCUUCAUUCCCCUGAUAGAUUUAGUAUAAAUCUAAUGCUUCUGCACCAUAGUUAGUCAUGGUAAAACCAUAUUCCAUGUCUCACACAAGGCAAUACAUUAAAUACAUAAUAGUGAUUAUACAGAAUAAAUAAAUAAAAAGAGUAAGCACACAAUAUCUACACUAUCUUUACAACAAAAUAUCAAUACAGAAGUGUACAUAGUGGUGAGGUGUGUACACAGGGCACAUUGUAAGAGGAAGUUUGGCAGUGUUUAAACAGUUGUUGUGAAAAGAGUCCUCCAUAAGGUUAAUGACCCCAUGAAUGGGCUUGAUUCUGCAGGCCAGGUGCUGCUCCAGGAUCCGGAUCCGCCAGCGGUGAGAUCCAGGCCGGGUGUUCCAGCGCGCCUCUGCAGAGAGCGACACGCAGCCGGCUAGACGCGCUCGCCUUCUUUCAGCUCCUGGGUCGAGAUUCACUUUGCGCAGUAUGAAGAGAGUGGGAUUUCCUUAAGUUCAAAAAACACGCUCCUGACUGAGUGUGCGGCGCGUCCCGACGGCUUUUAGAGUUCAGCAAAACCGGUCGGGCCAGCGCGAUGGCGAGAGGACGCGCGGAUUUGAUUUAGACGCGAAUUCAUUGUGCGCUCUCUCCCCAAAACCGAGCGCUGUAUGGACCGCUCCUGAAACGCCGAAAUGCUCCACUGAAACGUGAACUAGUUUAUUCAUUUUCUCAGUAUGCCUUACCCGUAGGCCUAAUGGAGUUCUCUGGAUUGCGCGGAUCUUUUGGGAACGCUUCCUGAGCGAACGCACCGGACGCGCUGAAAGUCUUUGUGCGCAGCUUUUAGGGGUGACUUAGAACCCCUCUCGUUUUAUACUGCGCCAAAACACGAUCAGCUAGGACUAUUCCUCAAUCUAUGGAAGAUGAUUGGUGAAUCUCGAAGAACAACAGAUCGCUGACAUCGACUUGGCCUUCAUUCUGUUUUUAAUUCUCUUUUACAAUCUAAACUAUUGUUCACCCUUCGAUAACCAAAAUGGCUGCUUCACUGUGGAAAUGUCCCUUUGUGCAUGGACUUUUGUUGACUGUGAUCUUUCUACAAUGUUCAGAAGCUUUCAGUCGGGCAGCUUUACCAUUUGGUCUGGUGCGGCGAGAGCUGUCAUGUGAGGGUUACCCCAUCGACCUCCGUUGCCCAGGGAGUGAUGUCAUCAUGAUAGAAACCGCCAACUACGGCCGCACAGACAACAAGAUUUGCGACGCUGACCCGUUCCAGAUGGAAAACAUUAACUGCUACCUCCCAGACGCCUAUAAAAUCAUAUCUCAAAGGUGUAACAAUCGGACGCAGUGUGUUGUCAUCACAGGCUCGGAUGUCUUUCCGGAUCCAUGUCCAGGGACGUACAAGUAUCUAGAGGUCCAAUACGAAUGUGUCCCUUAUAUUUUCAUUUGCCCUGGAACUCUGAAAGCUGUGGGAGAUCCGGCCUUUGUCUUUGAGGCCGAACAGCAGUCUGGAGCCUGGUGCAAAGACCCCCUGCAGGCCGGGGACAAGAUCUAUUUUAUGCCAUGGACUCCAUACCGCACAGACACUCUCAUAGAAUAUGCCUCACUCGACGACUUGAGGAGCGGUCGACAGACAACUACUUACAAGCUUCCACACCGUGUGGACGGAACUGGAUUUGUGGCUUACGAUGGGGCCAUUUUCUUCAACAAGGAGCGUACACGAAAUAUUGUCAAGUUCGACUUGCGGACUCGGAUCAAGAGCGGAGAGGCCAUUGUCGCCAAUGCCAACUACCAUGACACCUCACCAUAUCGUUGGGGAGGCAAGACGGACAUCGACUUGGCGGUAGAUGAGCGUGGAUUGUGGGUCAUCUACGCCACCGAGCAGAACAAUGGACGUAUCGUUCUCAGCCAACUCAAUCCCUACACUCUGCGCUUUGAAGCAAUGUGGGAGACGGCCUACGAUAAACGCUCGGCCUCCAACGCCUUCAUGGUGUGUGGGGUACUACAUGUGGUGCGCUCCACCUAUGAGGAGAACGAAAGCGAGGCCAGUAAGAGCCAGAUUGACUACGUGUACAACACCAAGUUGGGGCAAGGGGAGUAUACUGACAUCCUCUUUCCCAACCAGUAUCAAUACAUCGCAGCUGUGGAUUACAACCCUAGGGAUAACCAGCUAUACGUGUGGAAUAAUUUUUACAUUCUACGAUACAGUCUUGAGUUCGGACCACCCGAUCCUGAUGAAGUGCCGACUAUCUCAGAUGACAUCACAUCAACAGUGCAGCCGAGAAGAACGACACCUCCUGUCAUGACUACCACUACCACCACUGUCCACAGACACUCAGUGAACAUACCUACCACGUCAAACCCCAAGCAGGGCAAAGGAAGCUCAGACACAGCAGUGGAUCACCCUGAGACUGCGGAGCCCACUGCUGUCAACCUUCCACCCUCCAGUAAACGCUUCUGUGACGGCACAGACCGGAGAGGAAUCUCCUGGCCACAAACUCACAGAGGAGCGACGGUGGAGCGACCAUGUCCUAAAGGAACUCGAGGCAUUGCUUCAUUUCUCUGUAUGGCUGUUGAUGGGAUCUGGAAUCCGAAGGGUCCUGAUCUCAGUAAUUGUACUUCUCACUGGGUGACACAGUUGGCGCAGAAGAUCAGGAGUGGAGAAAAUGCUGCAAAUCUGGCCAAUGAGCUGGCACGUCACACUCAGGGCCCUGUGUAUGCGGGAGAUGUGAGUUCGUCUGUUCGGCUCAUGGAGCAGCUGGUGGAUAUACUUGAUGCACAACUGCAAGAGCUAAAACCUAGUGAGAAAGAUUCAGCAGGACGCAGCUUCAACAAGCGUCAAAAAAGAGAGAGGACUUGCAGGGCCUAUAUGAAGGCCAUUGUGGACACGGUUGACAACCUCCUGAGGCCAGAAGCCCUUAAAUCCUGGGAGGACAUGAAUUCCACAGAGCAAACACACGCCGCCACCAUGUUACUUGAUACCCUGGAGGAAGGAGCCUUUGUCCUUGCAGACAACCUGAUUGAGCCUGCCGUCGUCAGAGUGCCAGCUGAGAACAUCAUGUUGGAUGUGUACGUGUUGAGCACCGAUGGACAAAUUCAGGACUUUAGAUUUCCACAAACCAGCAAGAGAGGAGCAACGAUUCAACUGUCAGCAAACACUGUCAAACUAAACAGUAAAAACGGUGUUGCCAAGUUGGUUUUCGUUCUUUAUAAGCACCUAGGGAACUUCCUCAGUAUGGAGAACGCCACAGUGAGGCUGAUGGGUGAGGACGGAGUCAGAAACCACACCCUCACUGUAAACUCCCACAUCCUCUCCGCCUCCAUCAACAAAGAGUCCAGCCGCGUGUUUGUGACGGAGCCCGUCGUGUUCACCCUCGAGCAUCUGGAUACUGAGAAUUACUUCAACCCAAACUGCUCCUUCUGGAACUACUCAGAACGGAGCAUGAUGGGAUACUGGUCAACACAAGGCUGCAAGCUCCUAGCAACGAACAAGACUCACACCACCUGUUCCUGCAGUCACUUGACCAACUUCGCCAUUCUCAUGGCCCAUCGAGAACAUGCGGGCGAGGGAAGUGUUCACGAGCUGCUGCUGACAGUCAUCACACGAAUGGGCAUCGCCGUUUCACUUGUCUGCCUCGCCAUUAGCAUCUUCACCUUCUGCUUCUUCCGCGGCCUCCAGAGUGACCGCAACACCAUCCACAAGAACCUCUGCAUCAACCUCUUCAUCGCUGAGCUCCUCUUCCUCGUGGGCAUCAACAUGACCGAUCCCCCGAUUGUGUGCUCUAUUAUUGCUGGAGUUCUUCAUUUCUUCUUUCUGGCGGCAUUUGCGUGGAUGUGUUUGGAGGGUGUUCAGUUGUUCCUUAUGCUCGUGGAGGUCUUCGAGAGCGAAUUCUCCCGACGAAAGUACUACUACGCAUCCGGUUACUUGUUCCCCACUGUGGUGGUUGGGAUUUCGGCAGCCAUAGACUACAAGAGCUACGGAACCAAGAAAGCCUGUUGGCUAAGGGUUGAUAAUCAUUUCAUCUGGAGUUUCAUUGGUCCAGUUACGUUCGUCAUUAUGCUCAACCUCAUCUUUCUGGUGGUGACAAUGUACAAGAUGGUAAAACACUCGACAUCUAUGAAACCUGAUUCCAGCAGACUGGAGAGCAUACGGUCCUGGGUUCUGGGUGCUUUUGCGCUGCUGUGUCUUCUUGGCCUGACGUGGUCGUUUGGCCUGUUUUUCUUGAACGACUCUUCGAUACUGAUGGCGUACCUCUUCACCAUCUUCAACACCUUACAAGGGAUGUUCAUCUUCAUUUUCCACUGUCUCCUGCAGAAGAAGGUGCGUAAAGAAUACAACAAGUGUUUCCGGCAGUCUCAGUGUUGUGGCGGUCUGCCUUCCGACGGACCCCACAGCGCUAACAAAUCCUCAGUGUCCAGAUCCACGGCUCGAUAUUCGUCCGCUACACAGAGUCGCAUCAGGAGGAUGUGGAACGAUACGGUGAGGAAACAGUCGGAGUCUUCCUUCAUCUCCGGAGACAUCAACAGCACUUCCACACUAAACCAAGGAAUGACCGGCAACUAUCUCCUAACUAACCCUCUCCUUCGGCCUCACGACACUAACAACCCCUAUAACAACCUUCUCGCCGAAACCAUCGUCUGCAACACCCCUUCACCUCCGGCUUUCCACUCCCCAGGCCAGCACUCAAGGACUAACAGCCGUGAUGUCAGCACCAUGGACACACUCCCUUUCAACGGCAACUUCAACAACAGUUACUCACUGCGUGAGGAUGAUUACGAAGACCCCGCAUUGCAUUGCCCGGCCGAGUGUACUUUAGGCCUGGACGACGCUGCCUUUGAAAAGAUGAUCAUCUCUGAGUUGGUUCACAACAAUCUGAGACCUCGUGGGCCAACACGGAACCCAAGCAGUGCAAAAUGCGAGCGAGGCUCCAAUCGCAGCCGAGAAAGAGACCCGGCGCCGCAGCAGACCCGCGUAAGCAUCGACGGGGGUGUCGGGAACAGCAGUGGGAGCGAAGAUGACGCCAUAGUCGCUGAUGCCGACACCUCCGCCUUGCCUCCAUCCAAUAGCCAUCCGGCGCUGGAGCUUCUUCUCCUUCACCCGAACCACCGGGAGGCCCUUGAGGCCCCACUUUUGCCCCAACGAACUCAUUCGCUCCUUUAUUGUGCUCAAAGGGCUUCUCGACGGACAGCCAGGCUGCAGGACGACAGCAGAGAGGCGGAAGAAGAGGAAGAGAGGGCGGGAGAGGAAGAAAUCACACCCUCGCAAAAUAACAGGGACUCAGUGUACACGAGCAUGCCCAAUCUCAGAGACUCUUCCCCCUCGCCCGACCCUGCCAGCGGCGAGGACGAUGGAUCCCCUUGCCCAUCCAACGGCAGCGAACCUGAGGAAAUUUGCCACAAGAGCUUGCCCGACCUGGGUGACGGGACCCAACCACUUUCCUACUAUCAGAUUAGCCGACGGGGCACCAGCGAGAGCUGUAUUGGGCCCGGGCUCCCUGACGGCUGCCUCCCACUUGAGGGCGAGGCCGAAAGGGCUGGACAGAUGCAGCUAAUCACCAGCCUUUGAGCCGCCAAUGUUCCCUUUCAUCCGUUUUCUUCUGUUGCUUCUCCCACUCUCUCCACUCAACUGUAAACAAGGGACGAGAGUGACUCGUCAACGGUACAAUGACUGUUUUUUUGUAACAUGAUCCACAAUCUGUAAAACUCUGUUGUGCGAGUGCUGAUGGAAGUGUCUGUUUUAAGACUGGCAUCAUCCUCAUCUGCCAAAAGCUUUGUACAAUAUACUGCAAAAAAAAACAAAAAAAAAAACAAAACAAAAAAAUAAACAUGCCAAUGUCUGAUUUAUGUAGAACUUUGAAAACUCGCCCGGCCAGUUCAUAGGUGAAGCUUCCCGUCUUGGAAAUACAGGAGUUCUCUAAUACAGAGCAAAGGGUUGAUCUGAAACAGAUGAGAAGAACUGAGAAGAAAAAAAAAAGAUAAAUCAAAAAGAAAGAACCACUAUUCCAGACUCAGGCCUUAUAUUUGCACAUAUUACUGUUGUACGAAUGACAGCUGAAGAAAAUAUAUUUUGCAGUACCAUGAGUGUAAAAAAAAAAAAAAAAAGAGUCAAGCAAAAGGAAUUAUGACCAUAUUAGAAAAUUUUCAGACAGAUUUUUGGGAAGUUGUUGCACGUUUUUCUGUUGAAAUGUGGGAGAUUUUCCAUCUACUUCCUAUGUUGUAGAAACAUUUAUGAAGGAAGCCAGUUCAACCCAUAAUCAUAUCUCCACUUGUAAACGGUGCAUUCAUUUAUGGAUUUUGCCAUUAAAAUUGUGUUUGCCAAUGUAUUUGUACAAAAAGAAGCUUCCUUAUUUUUUCAGCUGAACAGAAGCUGUAUCUUGCACAAAUUUGGAAUGAAUUGGACUUGUAUGUAAUUUAUUUUGCUUAAAAAAAAUGCUUGACAGUAUUUGUCAGGGAUCAAAAAUAUUAAUAUGUGUCAACACGAUGUCUUGAGAACAUGUCUCAGUAUUUGACACUAAAUAAUAUAUUAGAUGAAGUAUGACAUAUGGAAUAAAAGGGUUGGAACGGAUGUGUGAGUGAUGUAACACUGUUGAUAUUCAUUUCAAUCUUUUCUAAGAGCCCAUUGUCAUACGCUGUUGUAAAUUCAACUCUUGUUUGAUAUUAAAUAAAUGUGAUGAA